CAAAACGUGCGUGCGGGUAAACGAAAAAAGAAUGUCCGCGACGGAACCGGUUGUGUUAAUCCAGCAGGGCGCCGAGGGAAAACUGUUCCUCGGCCGGUACCAGGGACAGGAGUGUUUGGUAAAGGAACGGUUUUCGAAAAAGUACCGGCAUCCGGAUUUGGACCAGCAGCUUACCCGGCAACGAAUCAAAGCCGAACAGAAGGCUUUCGAGCGAUGCAAGGCGGCCGGAGUCGAUACACCCAAAUUUUUAGGGGUAGAUUUUGGUGAGCGGAAAAUUUAUAUGGAGUAUCUUUCGGGGGCGCAAACUGGGAAAAGGUUUGUGGAUGACUCGAUUUUGGAGGGAAAGGAUGGUUUCGAUAAAAUAGAAUCGUUGGCCCGAGAGAUUGGUCGGGUUGUGGGACAGCUUCAUGGCCACAAUAUUAUCCAUGGGGAUUUAACGACUUCUAACAUGCUUUUGGACCCGGUUGAGAAUGUGGAAGAUGGCAAGCUUCCGUACCGAUUGGUAAUGAUUGAUUUUGGCCUUUCGUAUCAUUCGAUGAAUGUGGAAGACAUGGGGGUGGACCUUUACGUUUUAGAGAGAGCACUGCUUAGCGCCCACAGUCAGGUUCCGGAAUUUUUCGGAUGGAUUUUGGAGAGCUACAAGAAGCAUAACAAAUUUAAACCAGCGGAAACUGUGGCCAAAUACGAGGAAGUUCGAGCUAGAGGACGUAAAAGAACUAUGAUCGGAUAAAAUAGUUUAAGCAGUUUGCAUCUGAAGUUGUAUAAAGAUGAUACAUUCUAAA